CCGGUGCUUACAAAUCAAGAAAUGAAAAUUGCGAUGAUUUGAUAAUAAUUUUUAGAAUUGCAGCAGCAUCUAUUCGUACUUUAUCAGUACUUACCAAUCUUGAGGUAUUCCGGGCUUAACAUCAAGUGCUUAUGAUAUUCGGUGGAAAACGAUAAAAUGAGGUACUGUCCGCCAAAUAUAACCCUGUCAGAAAUAUGGGUAGACCAUGGGAUCUCGCAGUGUUUUAUGGAAACAGUUUCUGCUGGAGUCAUUGGAACAUUUAUUGUUGUAUUUGGUACUAUCCAACUGGUUAUGUACAAGAGGUAUGCAACGUCGUGUGAUACCUAUUUAAGUGGGUUAGGUGCUUUCCAAGUAGUGUUUAUGCUAUUAGCUGUACCUUUGCUUACUAUUGUGAGGUUCCUGUUGCAAGCUUUCCUGUUUAAAGAUGGUCAUAUUUAUGGAUAUAUGAUAGUUACAUUAGUGGUGAAUCUAAUUAUUUUCCCACUAUCAACAUAUAUAGCAGCAAUAGAAUUUAAGUACCUGCUACCAUCUUUACCACCAAAUGGUCAUGGAUUUGUGCUCCUGGUGUUUUGGGCGAUGCUGUUUAUUGCUGAAAAUUUAUCAUUUUUAAAUUUAAAUAAGGAUGGAUGGUGGUGGCAUCUUAACGACUUACAAGAUCGGUUAGAAAUGGCACUGUUCGUAAGCCGCUACAUAUCAUGCAUGAUAAUAUUUAUACUGGGGAUGAAAGCGCCGCUUAUAAGACAUCGUUUUGAAGAAUUAGAAGCCGAAGAUGGCAACAGAGUUAAUUCGCCAAGGGAAGAACACAGAUCGACUUUUAGAAAUGUAUUCAGUAAGCUGAGGACGUUGCUGCCUUUCCUGUGGCCGAAGAAGAGUCUGUGCCUGCAAGUUUACGUAUUCAUCUGCAUACUGCUGCUGGCAGCCGGCAGAGCCAUCAAUUUAUAUGUACAGAUAUACACAAAAUUAAUCGUAAACAGUAUAACGAUAGCGCCGCUGUCGUUCAGAUGGGACCUCGUUGUGUUGUACGUGCUGUUCAAGUUCCUCCAGGGCGGCGGCACGGGCGGUAUGGGGCUGCUCAACAAUCUCAGAUCCUUCCUCUGGAUCAAAGUGCAACAGUACACGACUAGGGAACUGCAACUGGAACUGUUCAAACACCUCCACGAUUUGCCGCUGAAAUGGCAUCUCUCUCGCAAGACGGGCGAGGUGCUGCGAGUGAUGGACCGCGGCACGGACUCCAUAGACAACCUCCUCUCUUACAUCCUGUUCUCUAUAACACCGACGAUUAUUGAUAUCAUCGUGGCGGUGGUUUACUUCGUGACAGCUUUCAACGCGUGGUUCGGACUGAUCGUGUUCACGACGAUGCUGCUUUAUAUAGUGGCGACAAUCGCGGUGACGGAGUGGCGGACGAAGUUCCAGCGGCGCAUGAACUUGGCUGACAACGAACAGAAGGCGCGCUCCGUCGACUCGCUGCUCAACUACGAGACCGUCAAGUAUUACGGCGCAGAGGGGUACGAGGUCGACUCGUAUGGGGACGCCAUUGUUAGAUACCAGAAAGAAGAAUUUAAGACUUUGCUCACCCUUAGCAUGCUGAAUACGAUUCAGAAUGUAAUUAUUUGUACCGGCUUAUUGGCCGGUUCCCUGCUGGCCGUGUCCAUGGUGGUGCGAACACACGAGCUCACUGUCGGCGACUACAUUCUCUUCGCUUCUUACAUAGUACAGCUGUAUGUGCCUUUGAACUGGUUCGGGACGUAUUAUAGAGCUAUACAGAAGAACUUCGUGGACAUGGAGAACAUGUUCGACCUGAUGCGAGUCGACUGUGACGUCACGGACGCGAAGGGCGCCCCGCCGCUCUCGAUGCGGCGCGGCGAGAUCGAGUUCAAGAACGUCAGCUUCGGCUACGGCCCCGAGCGGCUCGUGCUCAACGACAUCAGCUUUAGGGUCGCGCCUGGAUCUACUGUGGCCCUGGUCGGUCCAUCCGGAGCGGGCAAGUCCACAAUAAUGCGUCUGCUGUUCCGCUUCUACGACGUGAACGAGGGCGCCGUGCUGGUGGACGGGCAGGACGUGCGGUCCGUCACGCAGAGCUCGCUCCGGGCAAACAUCGGCGUCGUGCCCCAGGACACCGUGCUGUUUAACAACACUGUCAGGUACAACAUCCAAUAUGGGCGACUGGGUGCGUCGGACGCCGACGUCAUAGCCGCCGCCAAGAACGCCGACAUACACGACAGAAUACUCACGUUCCCUGACGCUUACGACACGAUGGUGGGCGAGCGCGGUCUGCGGCUGAGCGGCGGCGAGAAGCAGCGGAUAGCGAUCGCGCGGACGCUGCUCAAGGACCCCGCGAUAGUGCUGCUGGACGAGGCCACGUCCGCGCUCGACACCCACACCGAGCGGAACAUACAGGCGGCGCUGGCUCGCGUAUGCUCCAACCGCACGACGCUGAUCAUCGCGCACCGACUGUCCACAAUCACGCACGCCGACGAGAUACUCGUCCUUAAAGAUGGCGAGAUCAUAGAGCAGGGCGACCACGAAAAAUUGGCCGCGAGGAGCGGCGGUUUCUACGCAUCGAUGUGGAAGCAGCAACUCGAGUCGGAGCGGCACGACGAUACCAGCGGCGACAGUCGCGCGCCCGCACCGCAGCCGCAACAGAACGGCAUGAACGCGUUCGGGCACGGGCACGGACAUGGGUUUGGACAUGGCCACUAAAUUUGAUAGAUUGUGAAUUUUUACCUCAGUUGAUAAGGCAAAUGUCGAUGUUUUUGUCGAUAUAGUACGGAUAUUCGAAUAAAAAGAGUGUGGCGUCCCCUAAUGUUUUUUGUUGUUUAAUAUUAGAUGUAACAAUUCACAGUGUAAAUAUAUAAUAUCACGUCUUACAACAACAAAUAUUACGUAUGUUUGAAAAUAUAUAUUUUUUAAUUCUGUAAUAUGGUGUGCUACGUUCAUUGUUGCAUUAAAAUAUUCUAGUAAAUUGACGCCACACGCUCGUUUCUCUAGCGAUAGCUAGCAUGACUGGUUGUGUGUAAGGGGGCGUUCAUAAAUUACGUAAGAUCUCACUUUGAGAGGGAGGGGGGGGGGGGGAUUCUCAGUUAAUGUCACGUGAUUUGUUCAAAAAUUCUUGCAAAAGGUCUUAAGUGAUUUAUGGAGCUAAAUAUAGAUAGAAGGGAGAUGUAGAUAUUGAUAGAACAGAUGUGUACUAAUUCAUAAUUAGGCAGACCUAUUAGGAUGUUUGCAAAUGCAUAAAAUUGUCACGGGGGGCGUGGAUGCAACACUUUUACUUAAAAUUGUACCAGAGAUUACCUUUAAUUGGCCACAUUAUGAUUGUUAAAUGACUUUUACAAAACAAGUGUAUGUGAAAAAGCUCUCCCUCGAGUUACACUUUACAAGACAGCUGCGGCAGCCUUGUAGGUCUGUAUAACACAAACAAAUAAUGUUGACAGUAGCCAACCUGGUUAUGUAUUCAAUUACCUGAUAGUACAAUGUAAUUUUAUAGGCGAUCUAAGGGUACCUAAAUGUCCGUUGAGAUCAGAAAUUCUGAAUCUGUGUGCAAUUUCAGUGAUAAUAAAUUGUUCUUUUUAAUAA